GCCUCUCCUCUUCCUCCUCCUCCCUCUUCCUCCUCCUCCUCCUCCUCCUCCUCCUCCUCCUCCCUUUCUCUUGGCGGAUAACGGUGUCCAAGAAGUUCCCCGGCCCCGACAGGCAGAGACAAUAGCGCGGAGAGCGGCCCGAGGCUCCGUCCGCGCGUCUUUACGCUCCGUGCGUGUCCGUCUGUCCGCCAGCCCUCCGCAGAGCCGCGAUCAUGGAGGAUCUGGGAGUGUCUGAGCCACCUAACUACCCUCUCAGUCCUCGUAUUGUUGUGUUUGAUGCUCUCCUGGCCGACCUGGAGAACACCAGUUCUCCUCUACCUCGAUGUCCGGUCCUGCUGACCUCAGAUCCUCCACAGAACGCCGACCCUGCCGGCCAGGACUCCUCCCAGGCCCGGCCGCCGCCCCCCGCCUACACGCCGCAGCAGACAGUUUCUGCUGCGAUGAAGUCCUCGCAGAACUCCAACCCCGACAAGCUGUACAGCACGGUGUGUAAACCACGCUCUCCCCGCACGGCAGACGCUCCCCCGGCCUUCUCCUCGUCCUCGCUGCUGGGCGGAGGUCUGAGCGAACUGGACCAUCUACUGCAGGAGCUCAACGCCACCCAGUUCAACAUCACAGAUGAGAUCCUGGCCCAGUUUCCUUCUUCGAAGAAAGACGAGAGGGACAAGAUUAAAGAUAAGGCCACGACCCCGUCCUCCAGCUCAGCAAAGCCUUCAGCCACGUCAGCCACACUGGAACUGGACAAACUGAUGGCCUCUCUGUCUGAUUUCAGAGUCCAAAGCACACCAGCUGUGCCCGUCACUCCAGUGGUCACCACGCCAACGCCGCCACCGCCAACGCCGCCGCCGCCGCAGCAGCAGCAGCAGCCGCAGCCGGCUGCACCGCCGCAGGCCUCGUCUGGCGGCUCGCUGGACAGCAUGUUGGGGCUCCUCCAGUCCGACCUGAGCCGCCAAGGAAUUCAAACCUCCUCCAAGGGAAACUGCUCGGCCUGCCAGAAGCCCGUGGUGGGACAGGUGGUGACGGCUCUGGGGAAGGUGUGGCACCCGGAGCAUUUCGUCUGCACCGAGUGCGAGUCGGAGCUGGGCAGCCGGAACUUCUUUGAAAAAGACGGACGGCCGUACUGCGAGUCCGACUACUUCACCCUCUUCUCCCCGCACUGCGCACACUGCAACAAGCCCAUACUGAAUAAAAUGGUCACUGCUUUGGACAAGAACUGGCACCCGGAGUGCUUCUGCUGUGUCAAGUGCAGCCGCUCCUUCGGAGAGGAAGGUUUCCACGACCGGGAGGGCCAGCAGUACUGCCAGCAGUGCUUCCUGACUCUGUUUGCGUCCCGCUGCCAAGGCUGCAGCCAGCCCAUCCUGGAAAACUACAUCUCUGCCCUCAACUCGCUCUGGCACCCGCAGUGCUUCGUGUGUAGGGAGUGCUACAGCCCCUUCGUCAACGGCAGCUUCUUCGAGCACGAGGGCAAGCCGCUGUGCGAGGUGCACUACCACCAGUCCCGGGGCAGCGUGUGCCAGGCCUGCCAGCAGCCCAUCCUGGGCCGCUGCGUCACCGCCAUGGGCGCCAAGUUCCACCCGCACCACCUGGUGUGCCACUUCUGCCUGAAGCCGCUGAGCAAGGGCUGCUUCAAGGAGCAGGAGAACAAGCCGUACUGCCACCCCUGCUUCAUCAAACUCUUCGGCUGAGGACGCGGAUGCAAACCCCCCCCCCCCCCCCCCACCAUUUUGGUUCUCAGUUAGCUCGACGGAUGCACUGCGGGAAGGAGGGUGGAGCUGGUCUCUCUGCUGGCCUGAUGAAUAUUUCAGUCAUAACAGGGUUGGGAAAAGAGGAAAGUCCUUCAACCCCUUUUCGUUUCUGCUUAUUGGACAAAUAAAAAGGCGGACCGGCGUGAAAAAUACUAGCAUUGGUCAGGCGAACACAAAAUGUUGCCAAAUCAUGUUGUCUUGUAUGUAAGUCUUUACAUACCAUGUUGAUUCAAAUUGAAUACUGAAAAUUGAGUUAUUUUGCCAAAGGUAGCAGUUUAUUGAGAGCAAAUUUAUUGUUCCAAUUGAAGACUUUGUUUCAAUUAUGCAAAAAAAAAAAAAAUCCCCUUUAAUAUAUUUGCUUUAUAUUGCAAAAAGUAUACAUGUGACUGCAAUUGCUUUUUUUAUAUUGUAUGCUGACUGCUCUGUAUGUUUAUGUGUACCAAAGCAAACUAUCUUAUGUUUAAAGUCAUAUAUUUUGCAUUAUACGUUCACUAUUGCUCUAUGCAAAUGCCAAAAAGAAAAAACAAUUUCCAAAGAA